AUGGCGCAUGUCGAGAACGCUGAUAUCGAGCCUAUCUCCUCUCCCGGGAACGGGAGCGACGUGUCUACUCUAGCCUCCGCGGAUAUCCCAUCCAAUCGGAUUGGAAAGAGCCAGUUGUCCCAGGAGAUAAGUCCUCAUGCUCUGGAGAAAUUGGACACGGCGAGGACGUGCGUGUCCGAUGAUAUUCCGGGCAAUCGAAGGCAGAUCGGAGUGCUCACUGCGACGUUCUUGGUGUUUAAUAGGAUAAUUGGGACGGGGAUAUUUGCUACCCCGAGCACUAUCCUGGCUUUGACUGGGAGCGUUGGCAUGUCGUUGACCGUUUGGUUCGUUGGAAUGAUCAUCGCCAUGGCGGGUACGGCUGUAUAUUUGGAGUUUGGAACGGCAAUUCCAGUGAACGGUGGGGAAAAGAAUUACCUGGAGUAUGUGUAUACAAAACCAAAGUUCCUAGCAACCGCGAUAUACGCUUCAUAUGCGCUGUUCCUUGGUUGGGCGGCAGGAAAUAGCGUUAUAUUUGGAGAAUACCUUCUUCAUGCUUUUGGGGUACAGGUCAAUCGGUGGAAUCAACGCGGCAUCGGGUUGGUCUGCAUCACCGUCGCCUUCAUUAUCCACGCUACCGCAGUGAAAUGGGGGCUCCGUAUUCAAAACACACUGGGUGUCUUGAAAUUGGUUGUCAUUCUUAUCAUUGCCGUUGGCGGGCUCUUGGCUUGUGCCGGCUUCGUGAAUAUAGACAGGCCUCGUAACUUCGAACAUCCCUGGGGUGAAGGGCCACCCACGGUGUAUGGCAUAGUUAUGGGCCUGUACAAUGUCAUCUGGUCAUACGUUGGCUAUUCGAAUGCGAAUUAUUGCUUGAGUGAGACUCGUAAUCCGGUUCGAACGUUGAAAAUAGCAGCACCUAUUGGCGUAGCGAUGGUUGGGAUUCUGUAUUUCCUUGUUAAUGUUGCAUAUUUUGCUGCUGUCCCAAAGGAAGAGAUGCUUCUAUCCGGGCGCAUCCUCGCGGCAUCUUUUUUUCGGAACGUUUUUGGGUUCAAGGCCGAACGAGCGCUAUCAACAUUCGUUGCUUUUUGCGCGUUUGGCAACGUCCUGGCUGUUUUGUUCUCCCAGGGCCGAAUCGUCCAAGCACUUGGAAGAGAGGGAGUUCUGCCGUUUUCGCGGUUCUGGGCGAGUAAUAAACCCUUUAACUCUCCUGCAGCUGGACUAUUCCAGCACUAUAUCGUCUCUGUGGUUGUCAUGCUGGCGCCGCCGCCAGGAGAUGCUUAUAACUUCUUGCUCAAUCUCAUCGGAUAUCCACUUUCGACCGUGAAUGUCCUGGUCUCCGGUGGGCUUCUUCAUAUCUACUUUUGUCCUGAGCGCUAUCCCACCUGGUCUCCUGGUAUUCGUGCUACCUUGCCGGUGACCUUUUUCUUCUUCUUCUCCAAUGUGUAUUUGGCCGUAGCACCGUUCCUGCCUCCGCCAAGAAGGGUGGGUAAUGUCUAUGAGCGUUUGCCGUAUUAUACUCAUUGUCUUGCUGGGCUCACGAUCUUUGCGCUUGGCGCUUUGUACUGGCUCUUCUGGGCCAAGAUUCUUCCUUGGAUGGGUGAAUAUCGACUUGGCGAGGAAUCCGUUGUUGGGCAAGAUGGCUGGGCGCGAAAGAUAGUCCAGCGGAUCCCCACGGCUCCCGAGCUGGAAGAGCAAGGGCGGAGGAAUGGGAGCAUGUGGUCGUAG